AUGGAAUCAGGACUACAACAGCCACAAUAUGAGGUGUGCAAGCCUCGCGUGAUUGUCUGUGCCAGCCCCCCCACAGGGCAGAUCAUGUGGCAAUCAGUGCCAGCCCCCCCCACAGGGCUGAUCAUGUGGCAGCAAUCUGUGCCACCCCCCCUCAGGGCAGAUCAUGUUGCAGCAAUCUGUGCCAGCCUCCCUCAGGGCAGAUUAUGUGGCAGCAAUCUGUGCCAGCCCCCCUCAGGGCAGAUCAUGUGGCAGCAAUCUGUGCCAGCCUCCCUCAGGGCAGAUCAUGUGGCAGCAAUCUGUGCCAGCCCCCCUCAGGGCAGAUCAUGUUGCAGCAAUCUGUGCCAGCCUCCAUCAGGGCAGAUCAUGUGGCAGCAAUCUGUGCCAGCCCCCCUCAGGGCAGAUCAUGUGGCAGCAAUCUGUGCCAGCCCCCCUCAGGGCAGAUCAUGUGGCAGCAAUCUGGGCCAUGUCCCAGUGGUGGCCUCAGCUGGCUGGAGUUAUUUCCCUGGAGUCAAUAGAUCUAGAACCCCUUGA